AGAAGCUGGAAGUUUUAGUAAAUGUUUUUCUUGUGGGUUUGAUGAAGUGCUUUAAUGAAGCAUUGUUUGAAACUGCAGGGAAGUGAAAGCCAGUGACACGCUGACAUUAUCCGAUGACCCAAAUGAGAAGUUAAGCUGCUCUCGUCCACCCUAAAUUCAACAGAAGCGAGUUCUAUGAAGACCUAUUUCAACAUGCUGCUGUUUCUGAUUCUGGGUUUGGUUCAGAUGGAUCGGGCUCACUCUCAGGAUCCCCAAUGGCCGCUUCAUACGAUCUGCAACUCCAACAAGCUCACGGUGACCUACAGGAGCUGCGACCCAUUACAGGACGUCGGUGUCUCAUUCCUGCCCUGUCCGAACAAACUCACAGAUCCCACAACAGUCAGAAUAGCCUUUAUUCUGAGGCAGUCCAUCACUGAGUUUUACUCCUCUAUUAAGCUGUUUCUGAAUGGACUGCACGUCUGGGGUGUGGAUGAGCCUCUCUGCCUUCCUCAGUUCCCACGCUUUACAUUUUGUGGAAGCCGGAGAGGAGAAAUGAUCACCUUCGAGAUGUUAAUUAAAUCAAAAGUAGACCUUCCUCUAAAGGGCGAUUUUAAUCUAAUGGUUCAUGGAAUAAAUCAAGAUGGUUUCCAGAUCGCCUGUGUGAAUGCUACACUUAGCUUUUGGUGAUCUUUUAAGACUAGAGAACUUAUUUAUUCUCUCAUUAUGAUCUAAGUUGUUCAAAGAUAAUUGUGCUGUUCCUCUUUUAAACGUUAUUGUUGUUUCUUCAUUUAGGAAAGUAAGGGAAUUUCUGCAUGCGUUCGGGAUUUUUGCAGCUUUCAGGUGAUUUUAGAGUUUUGUUGUUUUGACUUCAUCCCAAACUAUAAUUAUAUAAACAUAUAGACCAUUUCAAUGUGGUCAUGUCAUUGGCCCAUGAAAAUUUCCUGCUUAUCAAACUUCUUCAUAACAAUAACAAGAGGCAAUUCAGUCAUAUCGUUAUGUUAGAACACCGGUCAUAGGAAUAUUUAUCAAUACUUAUCAAUAUGUUGUUUUGGAUUCUCAGAAGCUAUCUACCAUUAUGAGGGAUGUAAACAAAACAACGCUCUAAACGUAUUUCCUGUUUUACAUUUUUAAUUUCUACAGCUUCUGAGAAUCCAAAAAGAGCCACAUAUUGAUAAAUAAUGUUAUGAUAGCUGUUUUAACAUGAAGUUAUGACUGAAUUGCCUUUAGUUAAAGUUAUGAAAUAGUUUGAUAACACGCAGGAAAUAUUCAUGGGUUAAUGACAUGACCACAUUGAAAUGGUCUAUAAAAUGUAAAACAGGAAAUACAUCAGGACCAUUGUUAUCAUUUACAUCCCUCAAAAUAGUCAAUAGUGUAUAAAAAACAUGCCAUUUUAAUAUUUCUUCUUUUUUUAUUUAAUUUUCUAUUUUUUUUAAAGUUAUUCUUCGCUUUUCAGUGCAGACUAUUAUUGAGACAUGCAGGAUUAACUUAAAAUUUAGUGUUUUUUUGUUCGACAAGUCAAACCAAAAUAUUAAAAAUUAGCUUUUUUUUUUUUUUAGCAAUUCUGAAGUCUUUGCCAACAGAAUAGAAGUUUGUUUGCAAAAAAUGUAUGACUUUGUUUGAAAUGUAUGAAAUUUAAUAUAAAUAAAUUUAACAUACUUAUAUUGUUAUUAUAUAUUUUUUUAAAUAUUUACAUUUUGUUCUGUAGAUCAAGGACAAAUCUUUUUAAUGUAAAGUAGCAAAAAAUGGUGAAAUGUUAAAUCUUCUUUAAAAAAGGCUAAUAUUAUUGUUAUUUACACAAUCAAAAUCACCACACACAAAAACUAAAUGAAAAAGUCAUCAAUGUCCAUAAGGAUGCACACGGUUUAUGGACUUUUUUUGUAUUAAAUUUCCAGAAGAGUUUUAUCUUAAAUGUACCUAAUCUCUGAGAGGGCAUUUCACAUUUUUUCUUUACACUUUUCUCACAUUUUAAUGUAAUUACAGUACAUCUUUGCAGUACAGAACAUGUUGCUGAUCUUAAAGUAUACUUUAAAAUCCAUUCCAAUAUAAGAUCAGAAAAUAAAUAAUAUUAUAUUAUAAAUGA